CUCAAGGUUUGCUUUGUUUCGUAAAAUGUCUCGGAGUGACAGCUUGCUGUCUUUACCUCGAUAGUAGUUUUGCUAGCCACAUCAGUGGUCAUUACCAGUCAGACAUCCCUCGCUGCUGGAGCUGGAGAUAGUCAACGCUGCAGAAAUAGGAAACCUUUUCUUAUCAACUGUGAUUCUCAAGUGCUCAUUAUAUCUCGUACAUUGUUUGGCUAACGCCACACUUUUCAAUCAGAGCCUCGGACUUUAGAGCUCUAUGCCAGCAAUUAUGACAAUGUUAGCAGACCAUGCAGCACAGCAGCUGCUGGACUUCAACCAGAAACUGGAUAUCAACCUGCUGGAUAAUGUGGUGAACUGUGUAUAUCAUGGAGUGGGGCCGCAGCAAAGAAUGGCACAAGAAGUGUUGACACACCUCAAAGAACACCCAGAUGCCUGGACAAGAGUGGACACAAUCCUUGAGUUCUCACAGAAUAUGAACACCAAAUACUACGCACUUCAGAUCCUGGAAACAGUUAUCAAAACAAGAUGGAAAAUUCUCCCAAGGAAUCAAUGUGAAGGAAUAAAAAAGUAUGUUGUUGGUCUCAUUAUUAAGACGUCAUCUGAUGCUGCAAAUGUCGAGAAAGAAAAGGUGUACAUUGGAAAGCUGAACAUGAUUCUUGUUCAGAUCUUGAAGCAGGAGUGGCCUAAGCACUGGCCCACAUUCAUCAGUGACAUUGUAGGAGCAAGUCGAACCAGCGAGAGUCUAUGUCAGAACAACAUGGUCAUUCUCAAACUGCUCAGCGAGGAAGUCUUUGACUUUUCCAGUGGCCAAAUGACCCAGGUCAAAGCCAAACAUCUAAAAGACAGUAUGUGCAACGAGUUCUCCCAGAUAUUUCAGCUUUGCCAAUUUGUAAUGGAAAAUUCCCAGAACGCGCCAUUGGUCCACGCUACUUUGGAGACCCUCUUACGUUUCCUCAACUGGAUUCCGCUGGGUUAUAUCUUUGAAACUAAGCUAAUAAGCACGUUAGUGUAUAAGUUCCUGAACGUCCCAAUGUUCCGCAAUGUGACGUUGAAGUGUUUGACAGAAAUUGCCGGAGUAAGCGUCAGCCAGUACGAGGAGCAGUUUGUCACACUCUUCACUCUGACAAUGUGUCAGCUCAAGCAGAUGCUUCCCCUCAACACUAACAUCCGGCUGGCUUAUGCCAAUGGGAAGGACGAUGAGCAGAACUUUAUCCAGAACCUCAGUCUGUUCCUCUGUACUUUCCUGAAAGAGCACGGAACGCUCAUUGAACAGCGGCUUAACUUGAGAGAAACGUUAAUGGAGGCACUCCACUAUAUGCUACUGGUGUCAGAAGUAGAGGAGACAGAGAUCUUUAAAAUUUGUCUGGAAUACUGGAACCACUUGGCGGCCGAGCUCUACAGAGAGAGUCCUUUCUCCACAUCCACAUCACCGUUGUUAUCUGGCAACCAGCACUUUGACGUGCCGCCACGUAGGCAACUCUACCUGCCUGUGCUGUCCAAGGUGCGCCUGCUUAUGGUGAGCCGGAUGGCCAAACCAGAGGAAGUACUCGUGGUAGAGAAUGAUCAGGGAGAGGUGGUCAGAGAGUUCAUGAAGGAUACAGAUUCCAUAAACCUCUACAAGAACAUGAGGGAAACACUUGUGUACCUGACUCACUUGGACUACGCAGACACAGAGCGCAUCAUGACUGAAAAGCUUCACAACCAGGUGAAUGGUACUGAAUGGUCAUGGAAGAAUCUCAACACAUUGUGUUGGGCCAUUGGAUCCAUCAGUGGUGCGAUGCACGAAGAGGAUGAAAAGAGAUUCUUGGUCACCGUCAUUAAGGAUCUGCUCGGUCUGUGUGAACAAAAGAGAGGAAAGGACAACAAGGCCAUUAUUGCCUCCAACAUUAUGUACAUCGUCGGCCAGUAUCCUCGCUUUCUAAGAGCUCACUGGAAGUUCCUCAAAACUGUGGUCAACAAGCUCUUUGAGUUCAUGCACGAGACCCACGACGGGGUUCAGGACAUGGCCUGCGACACGUUCAUCAAGAUCGCUCAAAAGUGCCGGCGCCACUUUAUCCAAGUACAAGUGGGAGAGGUGAUGCCCUUCAUUGACGAGAUCCUCAACAACAUCAACACCAUUAUCUGCGACCUACAGCCACAACAGGUGCACACGUUCUACGAAGCUGUAGGUUACAUGAUCGGCGCUCAGACAGACCAAGCUGUACAGGAGCAUCUUAUCGAGAAAUACAUGUUACUACCUAACCAAGUGUGGGACAGUAUUAUCCAGCAGGCUACAAAGAACGUGGACAUCUUGAAGGACCCAGAGACGGUGAAACAACUGGGCAGCAUUCUGAAGACCAACGUCAGAGCCUGUAAGGCUGUCGGACACCCUUUUGUCAUCCAACUGGGACGGAUUUACCUCGACAUGCUCAAUGUGUACAAGUGCCUCAGCGAGAACAUAUCUGCUGCCAUUCAGACAAAUGGUAUGGGAGGAGAGAUGGUGACCAAGCAGCCUCUGAUCAGGAGCAUGAGGACAGUGAAACGGGAGACCUUGAAACUGAUCUCUGGUUGGGUCAGCCGAUCAAACGAUCCGCAGAUGGUCGGAGAGAACUUUGUCCCCCCGUUGCUAGACGCCGUCCUCAUCGACUAUCAACGCAACGUGCCGGCGGCCCGCGAGCCUGAGGUUCUCAGCACCAUGGCCACCAUUGUCAACAAGCUGGGCGGACACAUAACCUCUGAAAUACCCCAAAUUUUCGACGCCGUCUUCGAGUGCACUCUAAAUAUGAUCAACAAGAACUUUGAAGAGUACCCAGAGCACCGAACCCACUUCUUCUACCUGCUCCAAGCCGUUAAUUCGCACUGCUUCCCCGCCUUCCUCGCCAUCCCUCCGGCCCAGUUCAAAUUGGUGCUGGACUCCAUCAUCUGGGCCUUCAAACACACAAUGAGGAACGUAGCUGACACCGGUCUUCAGAUUCUCUACACCAUGCUUCAAAACGUGGCACAGGAGGAGGCCGCCGCUCAGAGUUUCUACCAGACGUAUUUCUGUGACAUCCUCCAACACAUCUUCUCAGUGGUCACCGACACAUCUCACACUGCCGGUUUGACAAUGCACGCGUCCAUCCUGGCCUACAUGUUCAAUCUGGUGGAGGAGGGCAAGAUCACCACUGCACUGAACCCCGCCUCUCCCGCCAACAACCAAGUUUUUAUUCAGGAGUACGUGGCCAACCUGCUCAAGACGGCCUUCCCUCACCUGCAGGAUGCUCAGGUGAAGGUGUUUGUAACUGGACUGUUCAGCCUCAACCAGGACAUUCCCGCCUUCAAGGAGCACCUUAGGGACUUCCUCGUGCAGAUUAAGGAAUUCGCCGGCGAGGACACGACGGACCUAUUCCUGGAGGAGAGGGAAGCGUCGCUUCGUCAGGCUCAGGAGGAAAAACACAAAAUCCAAAUGUCGGUUCCGGGCAUCCUCAAUCCGCACGAGAUCCCCGAAGAGAUGUGCGACUGAGCCCCGUCGGCCGGCACGCCUCCGUCGAACUGUCUGACUAACUCGACUAACCACAGCAAAGACAACAAAAGCAGAGAGCGGCGCGACAACGGGGGACCACCCCAAUCCCCCGGAGCGGAGGCCGCUCAUGCGAAACGACGCCAACAAUGUGUAAAUGGACUGUGGCCCUUUUUACAUAACCCACGUUUUGUAUGAAGACUUUUCCUCUAAAUCUCUUUCCACAACUUGCGUUUUAUCAGUCAGGCUCGUUGCCGAACUGCAUGAUCAAGUCUUGUUUUUGUCGUCACCACCACUUCCCUCGCUUCCUCCCCGUAUAUUUGUUGAUAUAUAAAUAUAUAUGUGAUAUAUAUAUAUAUAUUUAUAUAUAAGAGAGGUUUUUGAUCCGCAUCGCAGUUUGUAGAUUAAGAAGGUCUUUUCGAGGCACAUACGCCGUUUGACGGGAGAAUGAACGGAGCGGCUAAUGAAUGAAGGCUUAAAAGACGGCAGCGGGAGUUGCGCCGCAUCUGACGGCAAAGUGGAUUGAACAUUUUUUCUAAGGAACGUGUGCAUAUCAUCCCAAUUGUAUAGCAUCUUUAAUACCAUGGGAACAUUUUGUUUUUUUCCUCUUAUUCUAUUGUUUCUUCGGCGUGUGGUUGUGUGCGCGCGCGUAUGAUUGGGUACUGUCGCGUAGUCGACAUCGGGCUUUUGUUUUCCUCUAAGAGGAUUGUUGCUCAUUUGUGAACCUUCAUGAAUGGGAUGUUUUAGAGAAGUGGCACAGGUAUUUAUGGGUUCUCGGUUGACUGCUUUCAACACGUUCAAUUCCGCUCACUUAGAUUGUUUACUCGGCAGUAGUGAGUCAAGACACUACCCGUAGAGCAAAAUGACAAAUAAUUCGGGUUUACAUUUAAUUUUGUAUUUUUGCAUUUUUCAUUCAUGUGUUCUGAGUUCUGGCCAAACAAACAAUUAGGCUAAAGAAUGUAAAUUCUUCAUAAGUACCCAGUCUCUAAUGGCAAAUAUCCCUUCUCGAGGUGUUACAUUUGUUGUGAAUUUUUUGAACUGAUUAAAAAGUUUAGAGUUUUACAAGCCUCUUUGCGUUUUUUGUCCCUCAACGUGUCAAAUCAACGGG